AUGCAGAGGAGACACAGCAGCAACACGGAUGGCAUGCCCUCUGAAAGGAGCCGUAGCCAAACUCUGGGAUCGGAGAGCAGCCUGGAUGAGGGUGGUGUGUUUGACUGCCUGAAGCCUGACUCACCCGCUUCACCCCAGCAGCUCUUCUCCGGCUUGGUGGGUGUCCCUUCUGGCUCUGUCUCCUCUGCCCAGUUCCAGGCAGCCGGCUUAGUCCUGGGCUCUCCCCCUGAAGUUUUUAUCCAGAUGACCGCAUCGUCCAGAGAAGAAGGGGGCCCCCACCGCUCGGAGGGUGGACCCUUCCUCCCUCGCCCGCCUCAGCACCACCAUCAUCACCAUCACCAUUUCCACCACCAGCCCCUACAGCACAGGACCUCCUCUCUGCUCCAGCAGGCCACGACAGCAGCCAGCUCUGAGAGGCAUGGCUCCAGGGAGGAGGCUCAGGAGGACCCGUCCACUCCAGCCCCCGCUCUCUCUGAGCUGAAGGCAGUAGUCACCUGGCUGCAGAGGGGCUUCCCCUUCAUACUCAUUCUGCUGGCUAAAGUCUGCUUUCAGCAUAAGCUAGGUAUUGCUGUGUGUGUGGGGAUGGCCAGCACAUUCGCCUAUGCCAAUUCCACAUUCAGGCACCAAGUUUCAUUACGGGAGGAUCGCUCUAUAUUUGUCGCUCUGUGGAUCAUCAUGUUCCUUUCGGGGAACAUUGUGUACAUCUACUACACAUUCAAUCAAGAGGAACUGCACAACAGCCUCAUAUUUGCGAAGCCCAACCUCAACAGCUUUGACUUCUUUGAUCUAAUCUGGGCGGUGGGCAUCACAGACUUUGUCCUUAAAUACUUCACAAUCGGGUUGAAAUGCUUUGUCCUCUUUCUGCCCAAGAUUCUCCUGGCCUUCAAAUCCAGGGGUAAGUUCUACCUGCUGAUUGAAGAGCUGAGCCAGCUUUUUCGGGCUCUGGUGCCCAUCCAGCUGUGGUACAAGUACAUAAUGGGAGAAGACCCUUCUAACAGUUACUUCCUGGGAGCCAUGCUCAUUAUCAUCUACAGCCUCUGCAAGUCCUUUGACAUCUGUGGACGUGUGUCUGCUAUACGGAAGGCCCUGGUCAUGUUCUGCAGCUCCCAGAGUUAUGGAAUGAGGGCAGGCAGUCAGCAGUGCAGCGAGGCCGGCGACGUCUGUGCUAUUUGUCAGGCUGAUUUCAGAGAACCCAUAGCCCUUCUAUGCCAGCACGUGUUCUGCGAGGACUGCCUGUGUUUGUGGUUUGAUCGGGAGAGAACUUGUCCCCUGUGUCGCUCUACUGUCAUCGAGACGCUGCGCUGCUGGAAGGACGGCACCACCUCAGCUCACUUCCAGAUCUACUAAACUGACAUUUCAUACGCACCCAGGAAGAUGGGAGCGUGCUGUAAUGCGAGUUACACAAUAGAGUGUGUAUUUCUCUCUUUAUGUCAGUGUGGUAGUGCUUUAAGUCACAG